UUCAGAGAGGAAGCGAGAUGGCGAGCAAUGGCACCGCCGCCUCGCCGCCUUGCCCUAAGACGCUGCCGGCGACGUCCAAUGGGUCUUGGCAAGGCGAUAACCCGUUGGAUCACGCGCUGCCGCUGGCGAUCCUCCAGAUUUGUCUCGUGCUCGUCGUCACCAGAUCCCUUGCCUUCUUGUUCCGCCCCAUCCGGCAACCCCGCGUCAUCGCCGAGAUCAUCGGAGGUGUACUGCUGGGGCCGUCGGCGCUGGGGCGCAGCAAGACAUUCCUGAACAACGUGUUCCCAAAGCAGAGCUUGACAGUGCUGGACACCCUCGCAAACAUCGGCCUUCUCUUCUUCCUCUUCCUCAUCGGCCUCGAGCUCGACCUCAAAGCCAUCCGCCGCACUGGCAAGCCGGCACUCGCCAUCGCCGUCGCCGGCAUCUCCUUCCCCUUCGCUCUCGGCGUUGGCACUUCCUUCAUCUUCCACUCCACCGUUUCCAAAGAUGCUCGCCAGAUCCCCUUCCUCGUCUUCAUGGGCGUUGCACUCUCCAUCACCGCAUUCGCAGUCCUCGCCCGCAUCCUCGCCGAGCUCAAGCUCCUCACCACCGACAUCGGCCGCAUGGCCAUGUCCGCCGCCGCAUUUAACGAUGUCAUUGCUUGGGUUCUCCUCGCUCUCGCCAUUGCUCUCUCCGGCUCCGGCUCUCCUCUUGUUACUCUCUGGGUUCUUCUCUCUGGCAUCGCCUUUCUCAUCUUCUCCGUUGUAGCAAUCCGGCCCGCUUUAGCUUGGAUGGCAAAAGGCUCACAAGAAGGAGAACCCGUCAAAGAGUUAUACAUCUGCGCGACUCUCGCCACCGUCCUCGCCGCCGGAUUCAUCACCGACGCGAUCGGCAUCCACGCGCUCUUCGGCGCAUUCGUCGUCGGCAUCUACGUCCCCAAGGACGGGCCUUUUGGCCGUGUCAUGAUCGAAAAGAUUGAGGAUUUAGUUACCAGCCUUUUCCUCCCACUCUACUUCGUCUCCAGUGGACUCAAAACCAACGUAGCCACCAUCAGCAGUGGUCAGUCAUGGGGUUUGGUUGUUCUUGUUAUCACCACUGCAUGCGUUGGUAAAAUACUCGGCACCAUCCUGGUCGCACUCCUUGUCAAGAUUCCUUGCCGGGAGGCUGUGACACUGGGCUUUCUGAUGAACACUAAAGGCCUCGUGGAACUCAUCGUCCUCAACAUCGGCAAAGACCGGAAAGUCUUGAACGAUGAGACCUUCACCAUUAUGGUCUUAAUGGCCCUCUUCACCACCUUCAUCACCACUCCCAUUGUCAUGGCUAUCUACAAACCAGCCCGCUCAGCAACUUCUUACAAACACCGGACUAUCGAACGUAAUGACACUCAGAGCGAGCUCCGUAUGCUGGCUUGCUUCCGUGGCAACUCUAACAUAUCAACGUUAGUGAACUUGAUCGAGUCUUCUCGUGGCAUUAGACGACAUGGUCUCAUUGUUUAUGCUUUGCAUCUCAUGGAGUUCUCUGAGAGGUCCUCAGCCAUAUACACGGUGCACAGAACCAGACGCAAUGGACUCCCUUUCUGGAACAAGACGGAUAAUUCCGGCAACAAAGACCAUUACGUGGUCGCAUUCGAAACGUUUGAGCGUCUGAGCCAUGUCUCAGUACGUCCCAUGACGUGCAUCUCUGAGCUCCAAACCAUGCAUGAAGACAUCCUCGCGAGCGCCCAGCAAAAGCGCGCGGCACUUAUCGUGUUGCCUUUCCACAAAACCAUGCAACCCGAUGGCACAUUCCAGUCAUUCGGCCGCGCUUACCAGCAGAUCAACCAACUCGUGCUCGAGCGAGCCCCGUGCUCAGUCGGCAUUCUCAUCGAUCGUGGGUUCGGUGGCAGGGCGCAAAUACUAGCAAGUGAUGUGUCGUAUGGGAUCGGUGUCAUCUUCUUCGGCGGUGCUGAUGAUCGUGAAGCUCUCGCUUAUGGUGCUAGUAUGGCCGAGCAUCCUGGCAUUGCUUUGGUUGUCUUUAGGUUGAGUUUGUUACACUCUCAAGUUAGCAUCACUUUGGAUGAAACAGACCGAGCUGCUGAUGAUGCUGCCAUUGCUGCUGUAAGAGCAUCUAAUGAGUCCAUUCGGUUUCAAGAGUCUGAGGUUCAGACACAGGCUGAGUUUGUAACGGCAAUCAAGGAUCUUGGUAAGUGUAAUCUUGUGCUUGUUGGGAGGUCCACACCAACAAUGGGUUCCAGGGCGAGUUUGGAUUGUCCGGAGUUGGGUCCUGUGGGGAGUUACUUGGCUACAAAUGAGUUUUCUAGCACAACUUCAGUGCUGGUAUUGCAGCAGUAUGAUACUGCAGACAAUUGGGGAGCAGACUCAGCAGGCUCAGUCUACAGAUUUGGCUGAAUCGUCUGAUACUCCUUGUUCUGCUCGUUCUGGAUGAUGAGCAGCAGUGUCGUUGCUUGUUCUCUCAAUGACAACCAGUUUAUUAGUACCCCUGUUUCUUUCAUAAUAUUAUUAUAUAUAUACAUAUACAAAGUUGAUUUAAGUGAAUGUCUUUUUAAUUUUAAUGAAAUGAAAUAUAAUGUAUUGAUAUUGUCUUGCA